UGUGACUGUUAUUGAUAAUAUAUUAAGAAAUUUUGAAUAUUCCAUUUCUUAGUAAGCGACAUAUUUUCCACACAACUGAAAAUUAUCUAAAAAUUAUGUUCUUACAACAGAGCUUAUUAUAAUUAUAUAAUAAACACAAUUUCUAUAUAACCCUACCCAAAUGUGUGCCUAAUUAGUUUGUAAUAUGUGGCAACUUUAUAUAGAACAAAAGUUUGCAAACGUGUGGCACUGUUCUUAAUAUUUGGCAAUCGUUGAGGAGUUCGGGUAGAACAUUUCUCGUUGGAAAAGUCUGAACUUUUAUUUUAUUCUGAUAAGAAAUUUCAUUUCAAAACAUUACAAAAAGCUAUUCAAGUAUUGAAGUGAAAAGUGAAGAUUGUGUGUAAACUAAAUUCAUGCAAGAAUGUGGAAAAUUAAUAGUUAUAGUUUGAAAAAAUAAAGAUUCUUAUAUGAAUUUUCUGAAAGUGAAAUGACACUAAGAAGGCAAGAGUUUAGAACUAUACUCGACGACGAAGGUGGUGGCGACGGCCAUUAAGGAAUUCGUGAGAUUGAGAUGAGUUAAUUCGUCAAAGUAUCGUCGGGAUUCGGUUAAAGCUAAACAAAGUGUCGCCAGCAGAGGGGAGUGGUGAUUGGGAGUGCUGCCAGAUGUAACAGUGUAGCACUGCCUUAAAGAUUAACGCAUAUUUUAGCAUUUGUUUACAAUUUUUUUAUAUAUGAAAGAAUGGGAAAGUAACAUUUGAGUGCGUAAAAAUGAUUAAAACUAAAAGCUAAAUAAGUGAGUAAUAGUUGUGAUCCAAUUAUAUCAGCUAAGUUAUGGUGUAUGCACCAAAAGUGAGAAUUAUAAGCGGCAAAGUGAAUAUGCAAAUUUUAUAUAAUUUUAAUAUAAAAGAAGGUGUAAUAUGUAAUAUAAAAUCAAAUAUUUUUCAAGGAUUGGUAAUUUGUAAGAAUCCUGCCUUUACGCUAACAAGCUGUAUAUGUGCAUCUUUACAAAUGAAUGUCUAUACAUACAUCAUAUGUAUAUGCAUAUCUAGUAUUAUACGAAAUAAUCAACAAUAAGUAUAUGUAUGUAGAAUCUUACAAUACUUUUCAAUAGCAAUAAAUUUGAAGAUUAUAAAAAGUUAUAAAAUAUUUAAAAUCAAUGACAGUGCAGAGCACUUCAAAAUAUUAUCGAAGAUGUUCGCCAUGCAGAACAGAAUUCUGUGGUGUUUAGAAAAUGAAUAGUGAACAUGCAACAGUAAAAGCAACUCCUGGUGAGUCAGCGAAAGCCACAAUUACUGUAGCCACAGCUAAUGAAUUGAAUCGACAAUAUCAACAACAUCAACAACAGCAACGACAUUCACCACAGCAACAUAUUAACAAUUCUCAUCAUUUGCAGCAACUGCAAUUACAGCAACAACAGACGCAAAACCAUCAACUGAACGAGCAUCCUCAACAUGUUGCAGCCACAACAAAUCCGAAGACAACAAACAGCACAACAACAAUUGCAGCUGCAGCAGUCGCAGCAACAGAGUAAUUUAAUGUCGUUGAGCAGUGCGAGUGGUGGGGGUGGUGGUGGCGUCUCCACUGCUAUAGUUACAACCCCCUCCACAAUAGCCACUGUCAGCGCCGGGGCUGGAGGCGGCAUGGUUGGUGUUGGCGGUAAUACCUUAAUACCACUGGCAGCCCCGGUCCAACAUCAGCCAGUUUCAAUAGCCACUUUGACGGCGGCGACAAUUGCGGCUGUUGCAGCUGGAGGUGGCACACCAACCACCCUAACCGCGACGCCUGUAACUAUCGGUGGUCUGAGCAUAAGUGUCACGAAUCCUGCAACUGUCGUUACUGGCAAUAUUGCUGAUACAAAGAUAGGCCAAACGGCAUUGCAACAGCACCAACAACAAACGCAUCAACAGCAACAAACAAUAAAUUCAACUGGAGACACAUUAGCAACGGCCUCAACCACAACAACUGCACUAUUGCCAAAUGCACCAAACUUGAGCAAAUAUUGGGUAGUUUCAAAUGGGCAAGCGCUUCCCUAUAAUAUUUUGCCGAAUGGAACAAUAAUCACACAACAUCAGCGGCAGCAAACGACGGAACAGGAUACUCAUUCACAACAACAGGUUCAACUGCAGCAACAGCAGCAGCAGCAACAGCAACAACAACAACAGCAGCAGCAGCAACAGCAAGCUAAUGCAUUACAAAUUCACGCUGCAGUCAAUGCAAGCGAUGACAAUCGACAACAACAACAGCAACAUGUUUCGCAGCAGCAACAUGUAACCGCCGCUGUGCAGUCACAGCAAACUCAACAACAGCACCAACAGCCCCAACAACAACUCCUACAACGAGAAAAUAUUAAGGAGGAGAAACCAUUUUUAGAUAACGGGAAGCUAAAUCAAUCCAUAGUAAUGCAACACGUAGGCGCAACAGCUUCGUCCGCGCCGACGACAUCCGGUGCUACCACCAUAACUCUAGGUGCGCCGAAAACCGAAGUUAAAGACGAUGUUGGAAUGGGCAAACCGCCUAUUGAAAUGUAUAAAGUUAACAUUGAAGACUUUUCCCAGCUUUUCACCUAUCAUGAAGUUUUUGGUAAAAUUCACGGUGAUGUUAUGAAUCAGGCCGCACAUGCAGUGCCCAAUCCUGCACCACCACCACCGCACGGUAAUGCGAGCAACAAUGCCGCAGUUGCGGCCGUAGUGGCCAGCGCUAAUGCUGCCGCUGCUGCUGCUGCUGCGGCUGCGGCAGCCGCAAAUACAACAAGCGGUGUUGUUGCCCCCACAACAACUACCAAUUUAACAACGGCAAUCAGCACUAGUGGCACUACCACUGCCCCCGCAACUGCUGUAACAGCAACCCCAACUGUGACCGGGGAGCUUUUGAUGCCGAAAAUGGAGGGCGGCCUGCCGGUUGUGGAUCAAACAACAACCAUCGCCCUUGCUCCUGAUGGCACACCAAUCGCUACUGGCACACAUGUCUGUGACAUCUGCGGCAAAAUCUUCCAAUUUCGCUAUCAAUUGAUCGUACAUCGACGUUAUCAUAGCGAACGGAAACCAUUCAAUUGCCAGGUUUGUGGACAGGGCUUCACAACCUCACAAGAUUUAACGCGGCAUGGGAAGAUUCACAUCGGCGGACCAAUGUUUACAUGCAUCGUUUGUUUCAAUGUAUUCGCUAACAAUGCAAGUCUGGAACGGCAUAUGAAACGACAUUCAACCGAUAAGCCAUUCGCAUGUACGAUCUGUCAGAAGACAUUUGCACGCAAGGAACAUUUGGACAACCACUUUCGUUCGCAUACGGGCGAGACACCUUUCCGGUGCCAAUACUGCGCUAAGACAUUCACACGGAAGGAGCACAUGGUGAAUCAUGUGCGUAAACACACGGGUGAGACGCCACAUCGUUGCGAUAUUUGUAAGAAGUCAUUCACGCGCAAGGAACACUAUGUUAACCACUACAUGUGGCACACUGGUCAAACACCUCACCAGUGCGAUGUAUGUGGCAAGAAGUAUACACGCAAAGAGCACCUAGCUAAUCAUAUGCGUUCACACACUAAUGACACACCAUUUAGAUGUGAGAUAUGCGGCAAAAGUUUCAGUCGCAAGGAGCACUUUACCAAUCACAUUCUCUGGCAUACAGGCGAAACACCUCAUCGUUGCGAUUUCUGCUCUAAAACAUUUACACGCAAGGAACAUUUGCUUAAUCAUGUACGUCAACAUACCGGCGAAUCGCCUCAUCGUUGCACAUAUUGCUUGAAGACGUUCACACGCAAGGAACACCUAGUAAAUCACAUACGUCAGCAUACUGGUGAAACACCGUUCAAAUGCACCUAUUGCACGAAGGCAUUUACGCGCAAAGAUCAUAUGGUGAAUCAUAUAAGGCAGCAUACUGGAGAAUCGCCGCACAAGUGCACAUACUGCACAAAAACAUUCACACGAAAGGAGCAUUUGGUAAAUCAUGUGCGUCAGCAUACUGGUGAAUCUCCUCAUCGUUGCAGUUACUGCAAGAAGACAUUUACACGCAAGGAGCAUUUGACGAAUCAUGUGCGUUUGCAUACUGGCGAUUCACCGCAUAAAUGUGAAUAUUGUCAAAAGACAUUUACGCGGAAAGAGCAUCUAAACAAUCAUAUGCGCCAGCACUCCAGUGACAAUCCACAUUGUUGUAAUGUGUGCAACAAGCCAUUUACUCGUAAAGAGCAUCUCAUUAAUCAUAUGUCACGUUGCCACACCGGUGAUCGUCCUUUUGCUUGUGAGACUUGUGGUAAAUCGUUUCCUCUCAAAGGAAACCUGCUGUUCCAUCAACGUAGUCACACUAAAGGACAGGAAUGUGAACGUCCGUUUUCAUGUGAGAAAUGUCCCAAGACCUUUAUAUGCAAGGGUCAUCUUGUCUCCCAUAUGCGUUCGCAUUCGGGCGAAAAACCGCACGCCUGUACAUUGUGCAGCAAAGCUUUUGUUGAGCGUGGCAAUUUGAAGCGUCACAUGAAGAUGAAUCAUCCCGAUGCGGUAAUGCCUCCCCCGCCGCAACCUCAUCCGCAAAUCCCAGCUGGUAUAUUGACUUCGGUCAAAGAGGAAAUAAAACCAAUAUUUCUUCCUCAUCAAACACCGACCAUGCACACCAUCCAACAAAUUACAUCGGGCGCAGCUGCGGCAAAUGCUGUGCAGUUGGCCCCUAGUCUAGUGCCGUUGGUUACCUCAACGAUAACUUCGCAUAAUAAUCAGAAACCGCAGCAGCAGCAGCAACAACAACAGCAACAACAACAACAACAGCAGCAACAAGCACAUCAACAGCACCAACAACAAGUGCAACAGCAGCAGCAACAACAUCAACAGCAGCAACAGCAGCAGCAACAACAACAACUACUGCAAUUAUCUAUACAACAUCAACAACAGCAGGAGCAACAUCGCCAACACCAGCAACAGCAACAGGCGCAUCAUCAACAAACACAAGCGCAAGCACAACAACAAGCUCAUGCGCCACAACCUCAACCACAACAACCGCCACCUGUGCCUAUCGCACUAAUACAAACCGAUCCGAGCGUCUUGGCACGUGCCGCCAUGCAAUUGCAGCACCUGCCAGCGAAUGUCGAGCAGCAUCCGGUGGUUUACUAACAGCAGCAUAAUUUCACACACUGGUGAGGCGCGUUGACGGCAGCGUUCAAUAAUAAUAAUAAUAAUAAUAAUAACAAUAACGUUAAUAAUAUUAGCGAGGUGGAUAGAACGGUGCUGAGAUAAACGCGAGGUUGCAGCUGCUAUUACAAUGGCGCAAUGGCGACUGGGGCUUAGUAAUGCAACCGAGACUGGAAGUUGAUGGCGUGAUUGUGAAAAUGCAACAUUUUAUAUGGCGCGUAUGCAUUAAAGUAAGACGGUAUUCGUAUAGUAAAAGAAAUUUAUUUUUCUGCACUUAUUUCUAAGUUGUUAAUUUAAGCCAUUUAUACAAACAUUAACCGUGCUGCAUUACUGUAAAUGCACAUAUAUAUCUUGAGUCCAAUAUUAAGACUACAAGCAACAUUUUUAUUACUGUAAUUAGAACAUAAGUUUAAAACCCAUUUAAUUUGAAAAUGAAGUCAAGAUUGUCGCUAUAAUAUCCAAAACCUCGCGACACGCUGUUCUCCGCUUAGAAUAAACCUGAAUUAGUGAGUAAUUUCUUAUUCUAUUGUGCUGAUUUGAAAACUCUAUUUUUAAGCUUUACUUUUCACCUUUACUGUUUAUUUCGAACUUUUUGUGUUGAAAGUCCCAAAUGGUAGUUUUGUGCAAUAUUGACGAGUUUUCUAAAGCUCUACUUUUAAAGUAGUGGCAUUUCUUUUUACAUAAACAGUGUUAUUCACGCUUACUUAAUUCAGAUUUACGCUAAUCAGGUUAACAGUAUGUUUGGGUAAAAACGAUUGGAUGUGUGCUGAAUUGUGAAUGUUUAGUUAACACAUUACCUAAAAGUGUUACUUAAAAUUUUUGAACUGCCAAAUUUGAGUUGGCAUCAUAUAGUUCAGACUUUAAUAAAUUAUUAUGUUCAAGGAAAGUUUUUGUAAAUUACUUUUAUUUAAAUAAUUGUUAAUAAAAAUAUGCUUCCAAAUGCUUUAUUUAUUUUAAAUCUUAUUAAAAACAAUAUAAAAACCAACAUUUUAGACACACAAUAUCGAGUAAAAUUUUCCUACAGUUUUAAUAUGUCACAUUUUGCAUUAUAAUUACUGAAUGUAUUUUCGAAAAUCAUGUUCUCUUCGUUCUACGAUUUCUUUGCACACUAUGGAGAAUACAAAUCGUGCCAUCCAAUUUAAUAUACCUAUAUAUAUGCUAUAUGUUUAAGAUACAUACAUACAAAUAUACAAGGUAUCAACGAGAGAUGUAUAUAAUGCAAUGCAUACAAACAUAUUUAAAAAUAUGAUUAUAUGUAGAAAGAAGUAUUUUGAAAAUAUCGCCAACAACAUGUAGUGAGGUUGUGAUCUCGAUAUUUGUUUUCACCAUUAAAUUUUUUUUUUCGACUUUAUCUUUAUUAUCUGCAGCUAAAUGGUUUUGAAUUUUACUGUGACAACCAUUUUUAAUUAAACUACAAUUUAUUAAAUAUUUAAAAGUAAAAUAUAAAAAGAUACGCUGUAUUAUUCGCAUUUUAGAAAUGAGUAAAAUUAAGUGACUCUCAAGAGCGGUGAGAGGUAAUUAGAAUAAAAGUGAAAACUAUUGUCAUAAUUGACUUUGAUUUAUUUUUUUGUUGGAUAGAAACUUAAGUAUAAUAUGAAAGAUAAAAUUAGAUGUGUAGUAGUAUGGCUUUAAGCGUAGUAUAUGCAAAAAUUGUAAAUUAAAGUUAAACAUUUGAAAUUCGGUAUUACUAUUAUUGGUGAAAGAAACAAAAGAAGAAAAAUUAAAAUAUGUACGCAAGCCAGCAUAAGAACGUGUACAAUUCCAAAUUAAAUUAUUCAUUUACAUGCAACUAGAAAUUAAGGCAGCAGCAAUAAUAAGAAAAUAUUUAAAGUCUAAAAUAAAAGCCUACGAAAAAAUUUUAAAGCGACAACUUAGUGAACAUUAAAAGAAAAUCAUUAAAUUAGUUAUACAUACAUACAUGCUAUACAUACUAUAUAUAUAUAUAUAUAUAUAUAUAUAUAUAUAAAUAUGUUAUUGGAUCCGUUAAUCAGAAAGUAGUUGAUCUAACGCGUAUUACACGUACGUACAUAUACACAUAAAUACAUAUAAAUACAUACAGUUGAUAAGUUUGUUUCCGAACUACUAGUAGCUGCUAGCUACCAUCAGGAAGAAAAAUGUGAAAUUGACAAUUUACUCUCACAAAGAGCGGAAUAAGGAACAAGUAAACACUCGGAGAAAAACAGAAGAAAAUAUCAUAAUAUUGUUUUUAAUAAUCAUAUCAUAUAAACACUUGAAAAUUAAUUAAUAGAAUUUUUAUUUUAAUAAUUCAACACAAUUAAAAUUAAUAAAAUCAAAGCAAAUUUCAAGUAUCAGACUUUUUUACAUGUUUUUAAACAGCUAUUUCAUCAUAUGGCAGUAGUUAAUUUCUGCUAGCAGAAACUAACAGCUCUCUUACGCGCUCAACUUGUGCUCUCUUCUGCUAGUUUUUUGGGUUAAGAAUUGCUUUUCAAGCAGAAAUUUGGCUAGCAAGUGAUAGUUAACAGUGAAGAAACAAACCUAUUGUAAAACAUCAAAAUGUUAACAAGGAAUUCAUGUAAAAACCAUAAAAAAGUUGAAUUGACAUUAAGGGUUACAAAAUAUUUUCGCAAGAAAAAGCCCGCUCUCAAGUAACACAACCUUAUAUAAUAUGAUCUUUGUAUUUUUUUUUUUAACUUUUUUUAAAUUUUCUUUUAUUUGUUUUCUAAUAAAACCGUUUACAUAUUUAUUAUCUACAUUCAUCUAUACGUUCUACUUUUUAUUAUAUUAUGACUGACCCAAAUUUAUAUUUCCACUGGUGCAGAAAGUAUUCAAAUAAUAACAAAAAUCAUUCAUACACCAUUUACUUUCAUACAUACAUAUUUAUCAACUGCAUACACACAAAUACAAUAUCUAAACUAACUAAUUAUACAUAGCAACAGCAAAUAUAAAACUAAACAUAAAAAUAAUUAACUGUUAACGCUUUAAUUUACAAUUAAUUGAUACGCAUAAAUAAAUGUACGAUAAAAGGAUAACGGAUAGUUAUUAAUAAGGAACCAUACAAAGGUGGGGUUUGAUUUUUUCGUAUGAGCAGCAGCGUUAAGAAAGCGUAGUAAACGAUAACACCAGUAAAAUAAUUUAUAAGAAAUAGCAAUCUAAUGCUUACAUAUAUACACACAUUACUAAUAAAUAAAAGAAUGCUAAAAUUAUUGCAAACAUAGUGUUAGUUGAUAAUAAUAUAUAUACAUACAUAUAUACAAUAUACAUUUAGGCUCAUUUACUAAGCUAACAACUAAUACAACAAUGAUUGUUAUUAUAUGGGUAUAAAAGUAAUGCAAUUAAUAUAUAUACUAAUGGUUAAUUACAAAACCAAAAACACACAAAAAUAUAAAGAUUUUGAAAUACAUUAUUAUGCGCGCUGAGCGUUCGAUAAGCAUAAAUGCAAGGGUGACAAUGAAAAACAUAUACAUACAAGUAUGUAGGUAUUUAUAGCUAAAAUAUGCAACUAACUUUGCACAAGCACUAAACAAAUUAGGAGCGUUGAAGAACAUAGACAAUGUCACAUGUGUAAACGCUUAAAUAAUGUAACUGCAUAGUAUUGAGUAUUGACAUAUUGGUGGCUACUUGGUUACAAUAUCGGUACACUUUGUUGGUCGCAAAUAAAAUUCUUAUGAGCAAGACGCUUACACGGUAAUAAAUGAGAAAGGGCUAACACUUCACUGUACAGACUGGCCACCUUAUGUACUAGCGCAUAGCUAAGAAGAGUUAAUUAAGAAAUGAUAAUGGCAAUGUUGAAAGUUUCUUUUAGCUUUGUAAAUGUGCGUUAUUUUUUAGCGGCUUCCAGAAAAUGUGUAAUUGUGCGAAAUUACAAAAAAAAAAAUUAAUAAGUGUAUGCCAAUCAAAUGCGCAGUCUACUAGAAUGUGUAUGAAGUUACAUUUACACUGAAAAUGUAUAAAGAUAUACAUACAUAUGUAUUAUUAUUAAGAAGAAGAAUAUUAUUGCUGAUCGCUUUAUCGCUGAUUAACAUAUUUAAAAAUAUAUAUUGGAAUUUAAACUUUAAAAAAGUAAAAUACCAACCAAUUAAAAAACGCAUAUAUAUAACAAUAUAAACAAAACAUAAUUAAAGUUGUAAUAAUAAGAAAUAGUAAUAAAAACAUAUCCUUGUAUCAACUAAAUCACAGUUUGUCAAAUGAAAGCAAAAAUUAACAUGUUUUAAUAAACAAAAAAUAUUGUAGCGCAUAAAAAUAGAAAUGUAUGCACUGUUUUAAGUUGAACUCUUAAAUGAAAAGCUUACAAUAGAUCGUUAAACAAUUGCAACAACAGCAAGAAAUAACAAUUGCUAUAAACAUAAACCUUACUACAUAUAUAUUUUAAUGCACUGCAAUUAUAUAUACAUAUAUAUUUGAUUUGCUUUUGAAAAUAAUAUGAUCCUGUGUUUUAUUUAUUUCUUUUGUGGUUUGUUAUUUUUAAGAUUUUUUUUUGUCAAAAUCAAUUUUUUUUUCUGGUCUGAUUUAAUUUUUAUGGCGGUGAUUUUAUGACAUUUCUAGUUUGUUGUAUUUUUACCAAUUUUAUAUUAAACACCACCAGGGUUGCGAGUUUUUUGAUUCAAAAUUUUUGGAUUUAAAAUUAAUUCCAACAUCAGUUUUUAAUAUACUAGUUUUACUAGUAAAAAUUAAAUUUUUGAUCCUAAAUAUCGUGUUUUAAAAAUUGAGAAAACAUUUGUUAUUGCAAAAAUUGGUGUAACAAAUUUUAUUUUAUUUUAUAUUUUUUCAAAAAGAAAGCUGGAAUGAAAAGGGAUAAAAAAGCAAAAUUUACAUAGUUUUUCCUGAAACAUUAAAAUUAAAAGCAAUUUAAUACAAAUAAGACGAAAAGAGCUAAACUAUGUCGAUAUUUCAUUAAAAAUAGGUUUUCCUUUUCAAAAUGUGACCAAAUGGUAGAGCAAGCACAAACGCGAAAAAAAUGAAAAUUUUAGUAAUUUCUUAUUUAAUUGUAAUUAUAAGCUUGGAAGUAAAUUUUUAUUUUUCAAUUUUUAUUUGGGAUUGAAAAUUUAUAGGUUUAUCGGGAUUACGAAAUAAAUAAAUAAUUCAAAUUAAAUGUUAAUUUAAUAAUAUUUUUAAUGCAUUAUUUGCAACCCUACACUAUCUUUAAUCCGUGUUCUUCUGUAUUUUACAUUUGCAAAACUAGUUUUUGUUUCAUUUCUAUUAAUUAUCACAGACUCAACAACAUAACAGUAUAAUUAAUUAUAUGAAAGAACUAAGGGCGAAAAAACCAUGCAGGGAACAAUUUUAAAUUGUAAACUUUUACUCAUAAUAUUAAAAGAUUAACAAAAAAAGAAACAAUACAAUUAACUGAGACAAGACAAUGUUACAGUGUGCACUAAUUACACGCAGAAAUUAAGAAAACACUAAUUUGAUAAUCUUAACUUGUUUCAAACGUAGUCUCCUUAUAUGACUAGCUGGGGUGCCCCAUAAACAGCAACAGAUGUACCAAGUAUCUUACAAAAUUCUGCUUUAUAAUUCAAUAACAUUUCAUCUUCAACUAAAAAAUUCCCAUUCUUCUUCUCCACUUUCCAUUUCGUCACAGAAAACUACUAAAAGUAAUAAUAUUGCUUAACUUAAGAAAAAUGUUAAAAGGGUGGUGGUUAUGUCACCUAUGUAUACUGAUAAAGACUAAACUAUUAGGAACUUUUCAUGCAAAAAUUAGUAGUUAUGUUUUCGGAAUUCUUUUAUCUGUUUUUUUGAUGCCCAAAAAUUCAAACAUAUUUAACAAGAAAUAUCUCAACACCAAUAGAUGACAAGUUAACUUUAUGAUGAGAAAUCUCGAUAUAUGUAUAUUGGAAGCUUUAAGUAAGUAAAGAAUAAACACUUCUAAUGACACGCUUGAACAGAUCAAUCCAAACAAAUUAACUGAAGCAAAAGCGUCAUGUUUCCUAUAAGUAAAUAAAAUGCAAUAAUCGCAACCUACAUACAUAAAUACAUACAUUUAUAGGCGAGUAAACGCAGUAAAUAUAGACACAUAUACCAAUAACAAACGUAAAUCAAUAAACAUCUAAUAAACAAAUGAAGAAUAAAUUAACAUAGCCGAAAACAGCAGCCACGUUUGUGAGAACAAUAAGCAGUUUAAAGCAUAAAAUAUAAGCAUGCCUACAUACAUACAAUACCUUAUUAUUAAACUCAUAAUUCCAUGCAUACUUACAUUAAUUACAGCAAGAAUGCGACGGAAAGGAUUAUAUAUAAAUUAUAUACAUAUAUAUAUAUAUUAUAUACAAAAAUAUUCACAAAUAUAUCUAUAUAUAUAUACAAUCGUAUACAUGACAGUAUAUACAUUCGUAUGUGUACCCAAUAUAUACACAUAAAUAUACAUACAUAUAUAUAUAUGAAAAUUACUCAUUAUAUAAGAAUGCAACUGAAGUAUACAGUAAAGAUUCAAUUUAGAGUAGAUAAUAAUGUAAUAACAAGAUGAAAAAAAAAAAUAAAACAAAAAAACAACAACAAAAAUAAUAUAGUAGCAACGUAGCAGGACCAUAGAAAAUACCUAACUAAUCUGUAAUCAGCAAGGAUAAUUACAUACAUACAUAAGAACAUAUUUUACAUACUUAAAAAUCAACUAACCUUACACCACAAUAAACAGCGACCGUUAAGAAAAGCCCGGUUCAAUCAAUUGGCAUAUGGCAGAUUUGGCAAAGAAAUUGAAAUUGUAAAAUGACAUUCACAAAACGCAUGCAAACACACAUCUACAUACAUAUACCUAUAAUUUCAUAAGUAUUUGUAAACAAACGAACUAAAUUAAAAUUGUGAAGUUGAUAGCAAAGUGGGCAAUGUAAAGUUAUUUAUAAAAUAUAACACAUAAACACACACCCAUGCAUGCAAAUUAGAAAUACACAUAAAUCAACACAAAAAUGAUGUCGGUGAAAAGUUUAACGCAACACAUGAAAAAUAAGCAAGGAAAUAUUAAAUAUGUAAAAAUAAGAAUUUUAGAAAAAUGUAUUGAAAAA